CAAACAUUCAUUCAUGUGCUUGUCAUCACUCAUCAGCCUCACUUAGAGUUGAAGAGAGAAGGCUUAAUUAAUAAGCAAAUGGAAAGGCUAAAUUUUAUUAAAAAUGGAGUGAGUAGAUUGCCUCCAGGUUUUCGUUUCCAGCCAACAGAUGAAGAGCUUGUGUUUCAGUACUUGAAAUGUAAGAUAUUCUCGUGCCAGUUGCCAGCUUCAAUCAUUCCUGAGAUUAAUGUCAGCAAAAAUGAUCCUUGGGAUUUGCCAGGAAAUUGUGAUGAGCAAGAGAGGUACUUUUUCAGCUCCAAGGAAGCCAAGUAUCGAAACGGCAAUCGUAUGAACCGAACAACUAACUCUGGCUAUUGGAAGGCAACAGGAUCAGACAAAAAAAUUUCAUCAUCAAUAAGUAAUAUUGGUUUUGCGGGGCUUAGAAAAACUCUAGUAUUUUAUGAAGGAAAAUCUCCAAAUGGGUCUCGAACUGAUUGGGUCAUGCAUGAAUAUCGACUCGUCAGCUUAGAAACUAUUCCUUCCAAUUCAUCCCAGAACUAUGCAAACGAGAUAGGGGAUUGGAUUUUGUGUCGCAUAUUCAUGAAGAAAAGAAGUAUAGAAAGUGAUAACAACAAUACUGCUCCCAGAAAGAACAAUGCAGUGACGAAUUAUGCUCAGGUGGCUCAGCCAAGAUUCUUUGAUUUUUUGAGUGUUCACAAUUCAGCUCCUCCGGUUCCUAUACAAUAUUCUUCUACAUCCUCAUCCUGUUCAAGUUCCAAUAACGUUGUAGAGGCUUCUUCCCCUAAUAACCACGAAGAAACAAGCAGCGGCUAUGCUCAUUUUUAAGUGCAAUAUAUUGUAUUAAGUAACUGAUAUCUCUUCCUUUUACCCUGCAUAUUUGUUUCCAAUAUUAAGUAAGGAAAAUGAAUCAUAUGCAAUUCACGCUUAUCAUGGUCCCUAUCAUACUAGGAACCAGCAGGAUUUCAUGUUUUUUCUAGUAAUUUUUCUCUUUCUUUUUUAUUUUUCAAGUCAUGUCUAGUAUAUUAUAAUUUCUAUAUAUUAAUUGCACUAUAUAUGGAUGUUGUUAUAACUCUA